UUUUCAACGCAACAGCUGCGUUCUUCCUCUUUCCAUCAUGCCAGGAGGAGAUGUUGUUCAAAAUUCUAAUGGAUCAUCAUCCUUUGAUUCAUCAAAUCCCUUGUUCCUACACCAUUCAGACCAUCCUGGUCUUUUGCUUGUUUCGAAGCCCUUAAAUGGCGAUAAUUAUUAUUCUUGGUGCCGUGUUAUGAGGAUUUCCCUCAGUGCCAAGAACAAAACUGGUUUUAUUACCGGAAAGAUUGAAGAACCAGAUGAAGAAUCUGAACCUGAUGAGCAUGCCCUUUUGGCAACGAUGCAAUGAUAUGGUACUUUCUUGGAUUCUCAACUCGUUGGAACCAGACUUGGUUGAAUCCAUUCUCUCCUGCAACACUCCUCGUGCUAUUUGGGAGGAUCUUCGUGAGAAAUUCUCACUUGGGAAUGCUCCACACAUAUUUCAUAUUCAAAGAGACAUAUACAGGAUCGAACAAGGUCAGAUGUCAGUUUCUGUAUACUCUACAAAGUUGAAGGGAUUAUGGGAUGAGCUUUCUUCAUACAACUCAGCUGCAUGUACUUGCGAUCAAAAUGAUCGUACCAAAUUGAUGCAAUUUCUCAUGGGACUUAAUGAGACAUAUUCAGGUACGCGUGAACAAAUAUUGUUAAUGAAUCCCUUACCUUCUGUUCGUCAGGCAUAUACUUCAGUUAAACAGGAAGAAAAGCAGCGUGAGUUGGGCUCUUCUGCUGUGCCAUCGAAUAUGGCAGCUAUGAUGGUGCGCAGUAGCAACAACAAUUGGAGGCAAAAAACAAGCACUCCAGGAAAUCAAAACAAAGAGCCUUUUGCAUGCACAUAUUGUGGGGGAGAAUUUCAUAGGGAGGCCACAUGUUGGAAGAAGAAUGGAUACCCUCCUGGGCAUCCAAAACACAAGAGUGUAGAUGAAGAUCAAAGCUUAGAAGCUGCUGCAAAUAAAACAUGGAAUUCUUUCCAAGGACAUUAUGGCAAGAAAUCUGGCAAUUAUGGGAACCGAACCAAGAGAUAUGCUUCUGCCAAUUCCGUGGAUGCAAGUAAUCAAGUUCCUAGUCUUCAAGAACUCCAAGAUGUCCUGCCGAACCUCAAUGAAGCACAAUAUGUUCAAGUAAUUACUGCAAUGAAUCCCAAAGCAACUGCUCCUCAAGCUAAUGCAGCCUCGGCAUCACUUUUUGAAUUUUCUGAAGGACUUGGUUACGAGGACAAUGAUUGGUGUGGGUAAGCGACGUGGUGACCUAUACUAUCUUGUGGCGUUGGCUUCCAUUCCUCCAUCCAACCGCUUUGCUUGCAAUUUAACCAUUUCAUCCAACCUAUGGCACCGAUGCCUUGGC